AUGGGAAGGGUUUUUAUCGUGGAUCUUGAAGGACAAAUCUAUAGUUGCAAACACUGUAAUACCCAUCUUACUAAAGAACAAGACAUCAUGUCCAAGACAUUUCAAUGCAGGUAUGGACAAGCUUAUCUCUUCAAUACAGUUGUAAACAUUUCAACUGGAGAUAAAGAAGACAGAAUGUUGAUGACGGGACUUCAUACGGUAACUGACAUCUUCUGUGUUGGUUGUGGAUCAAACGUUGGUUGGAAAUACGUAAGACAGCACUUUAAUUUAAUUAGUUGUAGUCAUAAUAAUAAUCUAACUAAGUAUAAGAUUGUGGGUCCUUACGAUAGCAGUGACUUGGUCUGCCAAGAAAUUUCACGACUUGAGAUUUAG